AAGCCCAAAACUGGAGGGCAAUGGAGAAACACGGAUCUCCCGCGGAUGAUGUUGGAGGAUGGUGUGUGGCGCAGGAAUUUUAUACUGACAGUCUUUCUAUGGGCGGGUGCUCAGCCAAAAUUUUGGAACAUCGAGUCUGAUCAGCUACUUCCAGCACUCCAGUGUAUUUUUGAUGUUGCUUAUCCAGGAACAGAUCACAACAUCCAGCCAAAAGGCCCUAUCAUAGGCUUGCAAGUGCUGGCAGCCAACCUUCUCGAGGACUAUGCCUUCCUCUAUGAGGAUCCAGAGACCCGCGACCCAGACCAGAUCUACCGGUCCAUAUUCAUGUUAGAAAUGAUCGAGGCUGCCCACAUUAAUGCCGUUGUCGGAUUCCUCGAUGUACCUGCACUCAAUACCCAUGGUCUG